CAAUACUGAUGAGAAAACCUUGAAGUCUGCCCAACGAUCGUGGGCAGAAGGCGGUCCUGCUUCGUUGGGGCGUGAGUGUGUGUGCCUGUGUGUGUGCGGUGUGUGAGUGUAUAUGUGUGUGUGCCUGGGGGUACUGAGGGCUACGUGGGGGCGAAGCAGAACUUGCCAUGGCAGCAGCAGAAGAAGAGGACGGGGGCCCCGAAGGGCCAAAUCGCGAGCGGGGCGGGGCGAGCGCGACCUUCGAAUGUAAUAUAUGUCUGGAGACAGCUCGCGAAGCUGUGGUCAGCGUGUGUGGCCACCUGUAUUGUUGGCCCUGUCUCCAUCAGUGGCUGGAGACACGGCCAGACCGGCAAGAGUGCCCGGUGUGUAAAGCAGGCAUCAGCAGGGAGAAGGUUGUCCCUCUUUAUGGGCGAGGGAACCAGAAGCCGCAGGAUCCCAGAUUGAAAACUCCACCCCGCCCCCAGGGCCAGCGACCAGCUCCAGAGAGCAGAGGGGGGUUCCAGCCAUUCGGUGAUGCCGGGGGAUUCCACUUCUCCUUUGGUGUUGGUGCCUUCCCCUUUGGCUUUUUCACCACCGUGUUCAAUGCCCACGAGCCUUUCCGAAGGGGCGCAGGUGUGGAUCUGGGACAGGGUCACCCGGCCUCCAGCUGGCAAGAUUCCCUGUUCCUGUUCCUCGCCAUCUUUUUCUUUUUCUGGCUGCUCAGUAUUUGAGCUGUGUCUCCUCCCUGCCCACCUCCAGCUAGAGGAGAAUCAGUAUUGGAGUCCCUUGCUGGCCCUCCCUUGCUUUUGGACAACCCUCUUACUUCCAUGACCCAUCCCUGUCUGCUGAGGCCUCUCUCGGGAGCGCGUGGGGAGGAGUGACCAGUCUGCUCAUGGUGGGAUUGCCUGCUGCUGUGUACUGCUGGCCCAGUAGCACAGACAGUCCCAGCCUGGAGGACGGACAGACAGACAGGUGUCCAGUUCUCCCCUCUCCCAAUCCUUUGCUUUCCCCCCAGAUUUCUUGAUUUGGUGUUUAAAGGUGGGCUCUCCCCAACUCCUCCACUUGACUUAAUUUAAUUUUUCUCCCUUCACUGUCUAAUAUGAAUUUUGACUCUUUUUAAGUCUCUUUCCAUCCCUCACUACCUCCUUUAUUACAAAUUCAAAUAAUAAUAAUAAUAAUAAUAAUAAUAAUAAUAA